UAUGGACUGCCUCCUGGCCCAUUAUGCCUCUGAAAAAAUUCCCACGUUUGAGGAAGUUCGAUCUAGUUGACCGCCAUCUCUGCAUACAGUCCCAUCAGUGAGAUAUGGUUUACUUCAUGCCCCAAAUUCUGGGGCAUGUUCCUAGGAGGAACUUAAUGGAGAUACGUCUGUGCGCCUAUCAUUUUGGAGCAAGCGUUUGUGCUGUAUACCAGACUCUCAUGAUCGGUCUCCACCUACACCUUCUCAGCGAAAAACCCUCGCCAACAUUUAUUCGCUGAGAGAUUGGCAUGCCUGCUGCGCUUAAAAACGGACCCCUAUGACCUACGAAUA